UGGUCAGAGACUGCAGACAUAGUACAAGAGGUGGUCAGAGACUGCAGACAUAGUACAAGAGGUGGUCAGAGACUGCAGACAUAGUACAGGAGAUGGUCAGAGACUGCAGACAUACUACAGGAGAUGGUCAGAGACUGCAGACAUACUAUAGGAGAAGGUCAGAGACUGCAAACACUCUCUGCAGGAGAUGGUCAGACACUGCAGACAUAUUACAGGAGAUGGUCAAAGACUGCAGACUCCCAUCAUAGAUUGUACAGAGGAAGGCAG